UGCAGCCCCGGCCUCUGCCGGAACUACCCUGGGAUCGCGGAGCGGCAGGAGAGCCGAGGCGCUGAUCUUUAAAUCCGUUCUCCCUGGAUUGUUUGCAGAGCCCUUGCGGUUUCCUGCUGCGAUGGCUGCCUUGCGGCUUCCCCCUGUUGUCAGUAGGCUGAGCGCGGUGGGGCGGGCGGCGUCGCCGGCCGGGUGGUGCAGAGCCCGGAUUCCGGUCGGCGGCGGGACUCUGCAGCGGGCGAGCAGCUCGACCCCCGACUCCGACUACCUGCAUGAGAGCAUCGUUCCCACCAACCAUUUUCAGAAGAGUCUCCCGCGGUUACCCAUUCCAAAGCUGCAGGAUACAGUCCGCCGUUUCUUGAAUGCACAGAGGCCACUUUUAGAUAAUGACCAGUACAGGAGAACUGAACGGCUGGCUCAAGAUUUUGAGCAGGGAAUUGGUAAACAGUUGCAUGAAGAACUCGUGGCUCAGGACAAAAGAAACAAACACACCAGUUACAUUUCGGGACCAUGGUUUGACAUGUACCUCUGUGCCCGUGAAUCAGUCGUCCUGAACUUUAACCCCUUUAUGUCUUUUAAUCCUGAUCCAAAUCCUGCAUUCAACAGUCAGCUAAUUAGAGCAGUGAACAUGACUGUGUCUGCAGUACGUUUCAUGAAGACUUUUCGAGCAGGCUUACUAGAACCUGAAAUUUUCCACCUCAAUCCUGCUAAAAGUGAUACAGCUCUUUUUAAAAAUAUCAUUCGCUUUGUUCCCACUUCUGUUUCAUGGUAUGGUGCCUAUAUGGUUAAUGCCUAUCCACUUGAUAUGUCUCAGUACUUCAGACUCUUCAACUCCACUCGUAUUCCCAGACCCGUUCGAGAUGAGCUUCUUACAGAUGACAGUGGCAAGCACUUGCUGGUGAUGAGAAAUGGACAUUUCUAUAUAUUUGACGUUAUUGAUCAAGAUGGAAGGAUCACAAAGCCUUCAGAAAUCCUGGCGCAUUUCAAGUAUAUUUUGUCUGAUUCCUGUCCCCCUCCUGAAUUUCCUCUUGGGUACUUGACGAGUGAGAAUCGGGAUGUCUGGUCCUCGCUAAGACAGAGGCUGUUGGAGGCUGGGAAUGCAGAGGUAUUGAAUAAAAUAGAUUCUGCUGUCUUCUGCAUUUGCCUUGAUGACAUCACCAUCAAGGACCACCUUCAGCUCUCCCACAACAUGCUUCAUGGAAAUGGCCUCAACCGCUGGUAUGACAAGUCAUUCAGUUUCAUAUUAACUAAAGAUGGCAGUGCAGGUGUGAACUUUGAACAUUCAUGGGGGGAUGGUGUGGCUGUCCUGCGUUUGAUGAAUGAGGUUUCCAAAGACACGACCAAGAGGCCUGCCGUUUCACCAACAACACUGCCUGCAGCAGUUGACUCCUCUCAGAAUGUGCAGAAGCUUGAGUUUAAACUUAAUGACGUUCUGAAAGCAGGUAUUUUGAGUGCUAAAGAGAAAUUUGACACCUCUGUGAGUGCCUUGACUGUUGAAGCAACUGUGUUUAAAAAAGGUGGGAAAGUGUUCCUGAAAAAGCAGAACCUCAGUCCUGAUGCGGUGGCUCAACUCUCUCUUCAGAUGGGGUUCCUGAGGCAGUACAACAAAACGGUAGCCACUUAUGAGUCUUGCAGCACUGCAGCAUUUAAACAUGGCCGUACAGAAACUAUCCGCCCUGCCACCAUUUACACCCAGAAGUGCUGUGAGGCAUUUGUGAAGCAGCCUUCAAAACAUAGCAUAUCAGACUUGAAAGCAAUGAUAGGCGAAUGCUCCAAGUAUCACGGGCAGUUGACCAAAGAGGCUGCAAUGGCUCGGGGAUUUGACCGCCAUUUAUUUGCCUUGUCUUACCUGGCAAAAUCUAAAGAAAUGCCUUUGCCAGAACUAUUCCAGGAUCCAUCGUAUAUUCAAAUUAACCACAACAUUCUUUCCACCAGCACCUUAACCAGUCCUGCCAUCCACUUUGGAGGCUUUGCACCUGUUGUUCCUGAUGGUUUUGGUGUUGGGUAUGGUGUUCAUGAUGACUGGAUAGGUUACAUUGUUUCCAGCUAUCCUGCUCGAGACGUUACGGAAUUCCUCAAGUGUGUCAACAAAAGUCUGGAUGAUAUUUUUGAUGUAUUGGAAGGACAACUCAUCAGUGGCUGAGUUACAAAAAUUGAAGUGGAAGGUGAAUUAAUAUUAUUCUGCUGUUAUUGAAUUUGAGGUCUUAAAAUGUUAUACUUUAAUGGUAUCACUGUUAAUCAGUGUAUUAGAAAGAAUUAAAAAAACACGCACUUGAUUGCAGAGUUUUUGAACGUUAAUGUAGGUUAGACAUUAACAGUUAAUCCCUCUAAUCUGGGUCAAAGCAGACCAGAUUACUUAGGUGAAAAUGUCUUCCAAUACCAAUGCGAUGUCUAUUGUGAAAUGUCUAUGGACCCCAAGCCAACUGCCCAAAAACAUAAACUUGACAUUCUUAACUAAGGAGCAACAAAUUACUGGAAGCAUAACUCCAAUGUACACUUCUGUAGCUAGAGUUGAGGGGAUAUCAUUUGGGGACCUUUAAUUUGUAUUCAACUGUGUUACCUCUGACUUGGACGUACUUGAUAUUAAUACAGGAUACUGGAAAUGGUGUGUUCUGUAAUCAAUAGCAUUAACAUCGCUAACCUCGAUGACCAUGUACAGGCCAUCCCUGGGUAAUGAGCAGCUUCCAUUUUUAAGGGUGUUUACAAGUUGAUUAUAUCCAUAAGUUAGAAAAUACACAAAAAUCACUCUAUGGUAAUUUUAUCUCCACAGUAUUAUAAUGAAUGGCAUCAAAAACACUUAAGCCUGAUGAGAAAGAUCAAUUACCAAAAGUGGAGAGAUGAAAUUCAUUCUGCCAUUUGUACAAACGUUGAAUUUUUAAUUUAGUAUUAUGGGAGCUCUUUCAUAUUUAGGGGUGUCUGUAAGUCGAGCACUUGUAACCCAGGGACAGCCUGUGUUUUGAUUAGAUUUGUUAUGUGCCUUCCUUCUCCACCUCAGACUGCUCCUUGAUAAAUCUACAGCUGUUGUUAUUUUACUGUUAUGGAGCUGAAAAUAUCAUUCAGCCACUGGUGGAUAUUUCUUUUAUCUAUUAUACUGUAUUUAAAUCCUGGUUCAAAUCUUGAUUAACUAAAGAGGAAUACCAAUGUGCAUUAAUAUUAGCUUAAUAAUGUUUAAUUUGUUUUAUUAACCUGUUUGAGAUGGUUUUUUAAUCUAUUUUUUGAUCAAUACAUUCAUUUAUUCCUGUACACUUUUUGCCAUAAGAGGACAGUGAUGGAAUCAUACAAUGCACGCACAUUGGAAGUUAGGACUAGCCUUUUCUAAACAUUGCUAAUAAUGUGAUUGAAGGUUUUAAGGUCGGAAAUUGCAUUUAAUGAUGGGAUAGAGCACUUCCUUUACAGCUUUAUUUUAUGAAGUUUUAUGAUGUAGGAAGAAUUCUACAUAUGUAUUUUGAAACAUUUACAAAGAAUUGUUAGGAAUUGGAAUAUUAUUGUCACUUGUCCUGAGAUAGUGAAAAAUUUGUCUUGCAAAAUUUGAUUGGGACUUUGUAUUGUGUUUGUUGUAUUCAGAGCAAAGCAUCCAUAAAUUGCAUUGAGUUUGCAUAAUUAGAAGCAUUAUUUCAAUUUUAAACAGUUCAUAUUGUUGGAGUUUUCUGAAAAAUACUUGAUUUACCAGUUACAAUACAUAAGACAAGUAUAGGUUUACUGGACCAGAUUGGUCAGGAAGUUGGCAGUUCUAAAAUAAUCUAAAUCUUCCACGACUGCCAGAAGGUGAAGCUGAUCCUUGCAACAGUCCACCUAUUCAAUUUUGCUUGCUUUUUCCCCUGUCAGUUUGAUAAGUGUACAGCCAAAAUACCUAUUCUUAGCUUUUUUUUUAAAUAACACUUAUUUCAUGAUGACAACAUUAACAUUAAUCCUAACAUUAUACUUAAUAUCAGUGUCAGGAAAACAAAGGCUUAUUUUAUACAAAUUAAAAUUGAAGUGAUGCCUCUAAUUAUGCAAACUUAAAGCAAUUUCCAGGUGCUUUACAUUAUGUUCAUUUUGUAUUUGAAUCAAUAGCAGGACAAGUGCUUGGCUUAUCAAGUUUGUGUGUUAUUAGCAGAUAAAUUAAAAUGCAAUUGGCCUAAUACUGAUGCUUAAGCAAAAUGUAAAGGAACUGCUUGAAUAUGAUUGCUAUUUAAAAAUGAAACUAAAAAUAAAAUUACUUGACACUUCCACUGGGAUUUCUUAGAUAUUCUAUUUAAAUAGUUACUUAGUUUGAUGGCAGCUAGAAUUUCCUUGAGGCUUCUGAUAUUGUAAAUGCCAGAGGUUUAGGUGGAAACCCAUUCACAAUUGAAGCCUGCAAUGUACACAAAGUUCAUAUGUAGCAGGAAAUGUCUUCUUCCACCCGCAUUUUUAAAAUUUAAGACCGACUAAACCUUCUGAUUUCUAUUAGCUUUAUUCUUUGAAAACUUAACUUACAGUAUAAAAGGCAUUUAGAGCAAAUGACCUCUUAUGUGAAAUGUAUAACAGGGCCCAAGAAAACUGAGCUGCAACAAAGACCAUACUUGUGAAUGACGAGCUCUACUUGAUGUAUCUUUGCAGUUUCAAUAAUAAAUAAACGUUAUUUAAAAUGUAA